AAAACGAAGAGUUUCCCAAUCGUCAGGGUUACUCAUAUUGAUUGAAAAGUGGUCGAAAACGUAUAGCAAAGAACAAAAACAAUCUUUCGAAUUAAUAGAAAAUGAUGGAGUCCACAGAUUCUAUUUAUAUAACCGACAUGUUUCCAAUAGAAAGCUUGUCAAAAACCAAAUGGAAGAAUUUAAUAUACGCAGACAUCCGACCAUACUACCCAAUGAUACAGCUAUUGAACAAUCCAAAGGUUGUUCAAGACCUAUUAUUUUGAUCAAUUUCGACAUAUUGCCUACUCAAAUCAAGACUAUCUUUACAUACCUAGACAAAGAUAGACAAGUUGAACAAACGCAGAACAUUGAAUGCAAUAUACAACCAUUGAAUGGUUUCAUCACGCAAUCAAAGUUAUAUCAGAAACGAAUACUGCGCAUAACAAAUAGACAAAAGUUGCGUUUGGAAAAACACUUUGGUGGUUAUAUUAAAUUGUACUCAGAUUGCAACAAACAGAAUUGGAUGAAAAAAUUUUUAGUGGAUCCAGCAUCCGAAUUACUUAAUCUGGCUUUCGCAGAUGAGCGAAGUAGAAAGACUUUAGCAAACUAUGAUAGGAUAAAAACAAGCAAAAAUCGGCCAAAGGAAAUCCGAAAAUUGUUUGUUUCCUCAAAUCCAAACUUAGUUGAACAGCUUACAGCAAACCUUGAAAUAAACGAUUUUUUUAGAUUGAAUGAUAACAGCUGUGGUGCAGAAGACGAUUCAUUUACUACCUGUCAUCCAGGUUACAUCUAUUUUUUUAUGAUCCUAUAUCUGCAUUAUCUUAACAAGCGGUUGGGUGAAAAAUUAGAUAACAUAUUAGGACGAAAUUGGCAAGGAAAUAAUCUCUGGUAUGGCGUCUCGAUUGAUAAAUAUCUUUUGGAGACUGUUUUCGGCUCAAAAAAGAAAUUGGAAAAAUUGUUUUAUGCCGGUGGUAUACUUCAACAAGAUGACACGCUUCGAAAAUUAAAAAUCUGUACGCGUGGAGAGGAAAUUCUACCAGCUAUUCAACAAAAGCUAUUAGGUUUGAAUUUUAAGUUGAAAUCAUACUUUGUUGUUGCGCAAACAUUUUCAACGCAUAUUCAGCUUAGUUUACACCAAACUGUGAAACUAUCUUCAACCGGAGAAGAUGCAGCUUCGAUUAUUAUUCAAGAUGAAGUAUUACAUAUCGAAGAUGUAUACGAUACACUUUGUAAAAAUUUCAUGAAAUGCAUACAAACCAAUAAUUGUCAACUUAAAUAUUGCCCCGCGCACACGAAUGAGCAAGAUAAACGAUAUGAUUUUAAAUUAUUUGAAACAUAUAGCAAUAUAUAUCCAAAUUUAAAACCAUGCCUUGUUAAAUUGUUGGAACAAAACAGGGUAAAUUUGGACAUGAAUUCUAAAAUACAGUUGAACAUGAACAGCAAAUGCGCUUGUAGUAUCACUAUUUUUCUUCGUGACAUAAUUGAAGUAUAUCUUGUGUCAGUGGUAGAAAAUAUGGCAACAGAUAUAGUGGCUUCUUUAACAAACAAGAUGUUAUUUGGAAACUAUGUGCCGAAUUAUAUUUUUGUGUUUGGAGAUCCGUUUAAUCUGACUUAUGGUUCCGAGAUCCACACCGCAUACACCAUGAUAAUGCAAAAGGCGAUGGAUGAUGGCAUACACUUGAAAGAAAAAGAUACAAAGGCAUAUAUAUUAAGAGAUUCUAUUUUCCAAUUACUGGAGCUGCUUGUGCAGAGAAAAAAGCCAUACUUGUUAGAAAGGUUUGUCACUGGAACGUUGUGCCAAGUCUCAAGUGAAACAUACGCGCUGCGGGUUAAUACUACAGCAUCAGGCUUGUUCUACCCUUUCCUUCAAAUAAACAGUAAUGGUGAUACCGGAAACAUUAUUGGAAGGGAUGGUAGUUUCCUUGUAUUUAUUCAGAAAGGAAAACCAAUCUCAACAAAGGGUUUAAAAAUUCAAAUCUUUGUAAGGAGCUACGAGUUCGUCACUGAUAAGAAUCCGGAAUUAACUAUUCUUCAAUUGGAUAGUUCAAAACUUGUUGUUCCAGAGAUGUAUGCUCUGUUCCGCUACGACACGCCUGGUACAAAGUAUCGGAUAUAUACUAGUAAUUUGGCGGAUUCAGUUGUCAGAGUUAUGGUGGUAGAAUGUAAACAAAUCAGCUAUAAUUUAUCAAUAAAAAUAUCAAAAGGAUGUAUGGUCAGUAUUAAGAGCUAUAUUGGAUAUUCUUAUUACAGUUCCCUUAAUAUCAUUGAGCCAUUGACACUCGCUUAUAUUUAACAUAUCAUUGC